UAGUCAAGCUCAAAGUCAACCUGUUCACAUCCACCAGAGCCACUUGCUUGGGUUGCUUCUCCCAUCAAGAAACAGUUCGUCUUCUCCAGCUCUUCUCUUCCUCCUCGAUUGAUUCAGAAGCAACGAGGUCGCACCCCUGGUGGCAACUCAUCUUCUCUAGUCUUUUCUGAAGGUGAUUCUGGGCAAUCAGAAAUGAAGGGUGAAUCCAGCACGCAAAAUAGGGCGGAGAACAAAUCACAGCAUCGAAGUACUCUUCCAAAGAAUCCACCAUUAAAGUUCUUCAAGGACAUCACAGAUAACUUCUCAGGUGAACGGGAGAUUGGGCGUGGUGCAUUUGGUGUGGUUUAUAAGGGUGUACUUGAGAAUGGGGAGGUGAUUGCUGUGAAGAAGCUUGAGAGAACAUCAGGUAUUCAUGCCAGACGGUUUCAGAACGAGGCUGAGAAUCUCGUGGAGUUGGAGCACAAGAAUAUAGUGAAGCUGAUUGGUUCUUGCUGCCAAGCUGAAACGCAAGUAGUUCAGCAUAAUGGGAAACAUGUUUUCAUAGACGUGGAGGAGAAGUUACUCUGCUAUGAAUAUCUCUCCAAUGGAAGUCUUGACAACUAUAUUUACGAUGAAUCAAAUGGAAUCGAUUGGCCCACGCGCUUCAAAAUAAUAAUUGGUAUUUGCAAUGGUUUACAUUUUCUACACAAGGAGCGGAAUGAAGCUAUUAUUCAUAUGAAUCUUAAACCAAGUAAUAUACUGUUGGGUGACGAUAUGGUGCCAAAAAUUGCUGAUUUUGGGUUGUCAAGGCUCUUUGGUCAAGAACAAACCCGAGUUAUCACAAAAAAUGUUGUUGGAUGGAUAGGAUAUAUUGCCCCAGAAUAUUAUUAUAGAGGUGAAAUAUCAGAGAAGUCAGACAUAUUCAGUUUGGGUGUUCUUAUUCUUGAGAUAGUAACAGGAUUGAAAAAUGACUCCAGUUCUCAAGACAUUUCUUCCAGGAUUCUUAUCGAUAAUGUACAUAAAAAUUGGUUAAAAACAUCACAAAUAUCAUCCAAGUACCCAUCACUAGAAGCAGAUGGCCUCCUACAGGCAAAAAGAUGCAUUGAAAUUGGGCUAAACUGUGUGGACACUAAUCCAAAGAAACGACCUGCAAUAGGUGAAAUUAUUGUAAAACUCACAGAUCAAGGAACAGAUAUUAGUGACGAAGCCAUUAUACGUGAACAAAUGGAGAAAAGGCGACUAAUUGUAAGUACACUGACAAGAAACCCAAAAUUAGACUUUUUGGAAAAGAUCACGAACAAUUUCUCCCGUGAGCAAGAGAUUGGUAGAGGUUCUUUUGGGGUGGUUUACAAGGGAGUACUUCCAAAUGGGGAAGUAGUUGCUGUAAAGAAGCUUCUCGACAGUGUGGCUGAAAUUAAUCAAGACAAACAGUUUCAGAGUGAGGCUGGUAUUCUUAUUGAUCUCAACCACACAAAUAUAGUUAAGUUAAUUGGGUACUGUUAUGAAACACGGAAGGAUGUGGUGGAGAAAGAUCGAAAAUUUUUCUUUAUCGAAACCUCGAAAAAGUUACUGUGCUACGAGUAUUUGCCUAGAGGAAGUCUCGACAGGUAUAUUUAUGGUGAAUCUAGUGAACUAAACUGGGACAUGCGUUUCAAAAUUAUUAAAGGGAUAUGUCAGGGUUUAAUGUUCUUGCAUGAGUUGAAAAGACCAAUUAUUCAUCUAGAUCUCAAACCUGGCAAUGUACUGUUGGAUGAUAACAUGAUGCCAAAAAUCGCAGAUUUUGGCCUAUCAAGGCUCUUAGGUGAAGACAAAACACGAACUCGUACUUUAACGGUUGUCGGGUCCAGAGGAUACAUAGCACCAGAAUAUUGCUACAGUGGUGAAAUCUCAACCAAAUCAGACAUAUUCAGUUUGGGAGUUCUAAUAAUUGAGAUAGUAACAGGAUUAAAAGUCGAUUCAAGUAGCCAAGACAUUUCUUCACAGGAGUUCAUCGGAAAUGUACGUAAAAAUUGGUCGAAAAUGCCGCAUAUAGCUUCCAACUACCGAUUAUUGGAUGCAAACUGCUUACAACAAGUAAAAAGGUGCAUCGAUAUUGCGCUUUCUUGUGUGGAAAAAAAUCCAAAGGACAGGCCUUCCAUAGGGGAAAUUGUCGACAGACUUAAUUGCAAAAAAGGCCAAACGAUCAUCUAACAAUCAGAUGGCAACAUUCUUCCAGAUCAAGCGGUGAAAGUUGAUCCUUUUUCAUGGUAAGUUGGUGGAAUCUGUUUGUCGAGGGUCACGGUAAAGACAGUAGCUCAGGUCAGGAAGGAAUUGAGCUGGAAGAAUCUGAAGUUUAACAGAUCUGAAUAUAGCCAGGUUUCUUUAAAGGAAGGGCUAAUAAAAAGGUUGACCUGGCUUCUGCUGCAUAAAAUUUUUUAAUGAUGAUGACAUGAUUCAUCGUCUAUGAAUCGCUUUUUGUCGAUGAGAGAUACUUGAUCCAUGCUCCAAUGCAAUAAUCUUGGUUUAUUUAGUUUUCUUUGCCUGAUCUUCCAUGAUGAGUGGUGAACACUUUUCAGAUUCAGUUAUCAUCAGUUUUACCAAUGCAGGGAGACACUCCCGUCUGAUAAUUUUGUAACGAGACCAUCUGCUUGCAUUGAUCUUGUGGAUAUGUAAAAUCAUGGGGCUGGAACA